UUAUUUUGAAUGUGCACCUGAUUUGGGGAGUUCAUGGAUUUCGUUCAAAUAGCACUUACGACUGACCAGAGAACAGAGUCAUGACAAGUUGAUAAAAAUGAAAGCCUUUGUAAAUGUUAUCAUAGCAGGUGUUUUCGUAACAUAUACAUCAUGUACCAUAUCAGGGCUAACAUAUAUGGACCCGUUGAACCAGAAACCUCGGAGAGACAAGGACGACCCCUGUAAUCCACUCUAUUGGUACCCUAGAGAUAUUCCGGAAUAUUGUUACAAACCACGUGAACCUGAACCAGCGCCGCUACCACUGCCACUGCCGCCGCCCCUCCCCGUACCGAUCCCAGUGCCUAUGCCACCACAACCUGUGCCAGUGCCUGUUCCCGCACCUUACCCUCCAAUUCCCGCACCAAUCCCUGGACCUAUACCAGCUCCAAUGUCUCUAUUCCCUGGAAUGCCAAUGUCUGCACCGUUUAUGCCGUUGCCUCCUCCUGUACCCGUUUUUCCGACCCUUCCUUUACCAUAUGGCAUACCAAUAAUACCAACUAAUCCAAUGGUACCUAUUGGUGGUUUUCCCUACCCCUACAUGCCUCAGCCUCCAAUGUUUUCACAAGGGCCACCUGCACCGAUGUUGCCUAAAGUUCCCGGACUCGUGUCGCCAGAUGGUGGCAUUAACAUCUUGCCGUUCACGGACGUAUACACAGAUAUGAUGGAACGACACAACCAAAAGAUGCUCAAGAAAAAACUAGAGAAGUUGAUAAAACAGUACGAGUCUAAGAAAUACAAACGAAUUAGAAAAAGGCGUGGUCGAGAAUGGUUCUUCGAUGAAUAAAUGAAUAAAUAACUAACGAUAUUCUUUAGAUUUGGCUGCGUUUAAAAAAUUGCAAUUGAAAUUGCAAAAAUUAAACAUUCGGUUUCAAUUAAAACUUCUAAUGUUGGCUAAAUUUUUAUUUCAGUUUUCGCUAAUGUUGACGAACUAUAUAAAACUGUAUAAGUAAGAUACCUAAUAUAAUUGCUUACCAAAUAAACUUCAAUAACAAAAUUCAAUUAAUUAAUUUCAAUACUUAUAAGUAUGCUUCAUAUUUAACUAACGGACGGAUUUCCUGAGGGUUUUUAACAUUAUAUACAAAUACGUUUUUAUCAUAAUAUACAACUAACGUAGACUUAAAAUUAUUAAAUACUAUAACCGUUGAAUGUUGUUCCACUUGGAUACUAAGUUUUGAAAUUCGUGAAAAUAAAUUAAACGACUGUUGACAGAUUAAUAUAAAAAACUCUUUACAUAUGCUUAAGCAUUAAUCUAAGCAAAAAGUUGUAGAGCAUAAAAGUGUGCUUAAAACUAACAAAGUAAGUACAAUAUUGCCGCAACGACCGAUAUCGACAUAACGUUUUAACUAGAUAGUCGGUAAUCAUUUUCACAAUAACAAAUUAAUUACUAAAAUAGUACACGUUUCUCAAUCUCCCGUCUAGCAAAAAACUAAACUCUAGUAAAAAUUUAGAUUUAUUAGUGUACGAAAACUUAUCAGAGCCGUUUUGCAAAACAUAUGUGUAAAAACAUAUAAAUGUUUGGUUGGAAAUUAUUAUAGAAAUUCGUACACUAAUAAAACUGUACUUACUAAAUAAGUACCGAAAAUUCGUAUAUUAUGUAAAAACACCAUAUAAAAUCAUAAAUAUAAUAUUGGAAUGUUUCGUAUGGACGGCAUUUCUAAUUACAAAUAAACAAACUAUGUAUGUACAUAAUCAUAAUAUAACUAUUCAAAAAAACACCUGUGUAUAAACCUAUAAUGGUUGUUGCCGUUUGUGCUUAUAAUACAUGAUUACGUUUACAUUUCUGACAUGAAUAAUUUCGAAAGUAAGGUGUACCUAUUUUCCGAACUUCAGGCAUUUAAUGCCGCUUUGUAUUGUGAAAAAAAUCAAAAACAUGAUUUUUCACACCAUAAUUUUAACACACGUACUCUACUUAUUUCGCAAUUUACG